AUGUCAUGUCUUAGAAAGACAUCAAGUGACAAGUUAGCCACGAUUAACUUCGAGUCAUGGGAUUUGGAGCUACAGUUACAUUCCCCAUUAUUGUAUAAGAUAAUAUCUGGUUUCUUCAAUCCCCAUAAUCAUGUUGCAGUGGCAGUGAUCGCUGCUGUUAUCCAAAAGAAUCGAGUUAUGCACAUGUCUGUCUUUCAUCAUGCAGUAACUCAAGUUUUGGAUAAUGGUGGAGCAACGGAUGAGAAAAGAAAGCCCUCGAAGAAAAUACAGAUUCUCUACCAGCAGUUUUACAAGGCUUCAUCUACCAAUGACCGGGGAACUCUUUCCCAGCUGAGAAACAUUGUUCAUCGAGUUGAUGUUAAAGGAGCAGAAAGAGUUAUCGAAAGUUACAGAGCACACUCUGCUUUCAUUGAUGAUUGCUUAGAUGCUUUCAUUGUUGGUGCCUGUAUGCAUCACUUGAAAAUGGAGAGCAUUGAAUGUGAACCACAGUCCAAACAGAUUCUCUUUGAGGCCAUCUCUUCAGAGGAUAAGAUGCAGUUCAUUGCUAACAUCGCAUCAGAAAUACAGAAAAAGUACAUCAAUCUGGAAAACGAUUUGCACACCUUGGAACAUGCUUCUGAGAAACUGGAUAUGCAAGAGCAACAAAUCAAAGAUAUGUUUGAUGCCACUGAGGGAUUAUACCACUGUGUUGAUUGUCGGCGCCCAUACAAGAAGCAGGGACACCUUAAAAAUCAUCUUAAAAAAGAACAUGAUUGGGAAUUUCAUCAUCAAGAUCAAGAAGCUGGUGAAGAUCAUGAUCGAGUGGCCCUUUACAGAGCAUCAUUUAUGAAAUGUGCUCUUCUACUUAGAGACACAAGUGACGCUUAUAAAUUGGGUGAUGGAAAUAGAAUUAUGGGCAAUUCCAAAUUUCAAAUGCUUCUCUCAGGGAUUGCACAUCAUACAAAAUACCAACUAUGGCUAUUCAGAUUUCUAGCAAACUAUCACUGCUUCCUAAGUCCAAGGGAAGCAUUUAAGUACAAAUGGAACUGCACAACAAAUAUGAAAGGUGGAUGUGGGCAUAACAUUCCGAAUGAUAAUUUGGUAGAGAUUCUAGUCCAUCGACUUAUAUCAAAGUUGCAAUCGCAGGGAGCAAAUGUGACAUUUUCAAGUGCGCAGAAGGCAGCUUUGACUCUUCAAAUACAAGAUGAGAUCAAGGAAAAUUUAAUUGAGAAGUCUGGCAUGAAGAAAUCGGGGACCACUCGUUCAAGCACUUCAAUGGACAAAGACAUUGUACUUAUGGUGACUGAACUCUCUGCUGACAGUGUGUUUGAUUACAUUCCUGGUAGAAAAUAUGACAAUUUCAAAAACUUUAACGAUCUGUUUUCCAGAAUUAAUAUCCCAGAAUUACACAAAUGGUUAAGUAAACAAAAGGAGAGACUGUCUUAUGAAGCCAUUUAAAUACUGUACAUUGUAUAUGCAGUAUAGAUUGAUGCAAGUCAAAGCAACCAUAAUGAAAUGGAAAAAAAAG